CAACACAGUAGAGCACAGUACCUGUAUUUACAAUGCAGUACAGUAAGGAUGCAACUUGUUUCCCUGAAAGCCUCAGUCUGUCCAAUAGGUGGCAGUAUCAUACUCUGUCAACUGCUCGCGAAGAAGUGUGUUAUAUGACGUCACGUAGAAGUAAGCAUAAACAAUACAGUACAAGAGGCUUUCGAUUUAUACUGUUUGUUUUGGAGGAUCAUUUUGACGUCAUAUCAACACAUGGAUACUAUACAGACUCAAACGAAUAUAUUAGUUACAGUACAGCGAGUGUCGAUUCCCUGCGAUCAAAAACGAAAUAAUGGCCACUUCAUCCAGACGAACGGACCAGCGUAGCUCAAAGGGGGGAAAGAAGAACAAGCAAGUCAUUUAGGUCAUGCGUUAUCGUGUAUUUUCAGUAUGGCUCGGCUCAGGUCGUCCAGGAUUCUUUCUAGGGACAACCCUCCUGGUGGCGCUCAUCUUGAUAGUGUAUGCUGCAGGUCCCCAAACGAGUCUCAGUUUAGGUCCAGGUGGAGACUUUCCACGUUUCAGAGACGUGUUCCUGUACGCUCUCAAUCAUGACGAUUUACCUUCUCUGCUCGUCAGCGUUGCUAUGCUGCUGCUGUUCGGACCACGCCAGGAGCGUAUCUGGGGCACAGUCGCCUACCUUGCCCUCUCCACCCUGACAAUGACCGUAUUACCUCUUAUUUACACGUUGGUCAUCUUUGUCUUCAGUCUUGAGGCCAGUCGAGUCUGUGGCUAUGCUGCCAUUCAGCUGGCAUUGUUUACAACCCAGUGCCGGCACGUGACAAAAAGACGACUGCAGGGCUGUUUGCCAGUUUGGAUUCUGCCCUGGUUGCUGUUGCUGGUUUGUCUGAUCGUGGUGCCCGGAACACCUGCCCUACUUAACUUCUGUGCCAUAUGCAUCGCUCAUAAUUAUAGUCCCAGCCUCAUUGGGAUGUUACAGGAGCUGGAGAAAGCCUAUGUCCUAACCUUCAUUCCCACUCCAGCGUAUAUUCUCACUUCAUCCAGACUCGGAUUGCCAACCUACAGCUCCUCACAAAUUUCCAGAUCAUAUUCUCAGUUUAUGCAUGAAGCUCAUGCAACACCAUCUCCCAUGAGCGACCCCUUAUCAUUGAACCACCAUCCGUGGGAGGAGCCACUGUCUGGUUGGAGGCCAGAGACUGAAGCAGAGGUGGUGGAAGAACAGAUGCUGAGGGCUGGAAUACUUGCCUCCUUACAGGAUGUCCCAGAAGAAGAGAAUCGAAAAGUAGAGGUGCCAAAAUCCUCUGUUUCUGCCCUGAGACUCCAGCAACUGGAGAAGAUGGGCUUCCCCACAGAAAAAGCUGUAGUGGCGCUUGCAGCAUCAAAACAGCUGGAUGGCGCAAUUUCCUUACUCAUCGACAACCGUGUUGGAGAGCAGGCUGUGGUGACAGCAAAGGGGAAGAAGACUACGCCACUCAAAAGCCCUGAAUUGACUCAAAACUGACAUGGAGACUGCAAAACUGUUGGCCUUCAUACAGCCAACUCGACAUUGAACUUUUAUUCCUUCUCUGAAAUAAACUGCUGAACAUUAUUUCAGACAAGGCAUGGGAGUUUGACUACAUUUGUUUCAUGCAGUAUGGGGAAACGAGCAGUUGAUAAUCAAGCAAGAAAUUAUUUUUUUUAUCUAUCUAUCUAUAGCGAAGAUCCUGUGGGACGUCCAGAUACAACCUGACAAAAUGGUAAUGGCGAACCAACCAGAUAUCGUAAUCAUACGUAAAGGGCAGAGGAAAGCCGUGGUAGUGGAUGUAGCAGUCCCAAGUGAUGGAAACAUCAGAAAGAAGGAACAUGAGAAGGUGGAGAAAUACCAACGCCUCAGAGAGGAGCUGGAGAGAGCCUGGAAAGUAAAGGUGACAGUAGUGCCUAUGGUGGUCGCAGCACUCGGGGAAGUGACCCCCCCAAACUAGAAGAGUGGUUGCAACAGAUCCCGGAAACAAUAUCGGACAUCUCAGUCCAGGAAAGAGUAGUGCUGGGAACAGCAAGGAUACUGCGCAGAACCCUCAAUUAAUUGAGAAACUAAUAUUGACUUUCCCGAACUGCUUUUUUGAUGCCAGUGCCUCGUGCCAAAGAGCAAUGAUACCAUUCAAAUUGUUAUUGCAGUUAGCCGUCAUGUUUAUCUUAAGACCACAAACUAGUUGGGCCAGAGCCACGGAGGGCACUUAACUUUGCCUCCUUUGAUUCAAGAAACGAUCUACCCCGAGUUCCCUUUCAGAAUCAAUAUCUUCAUGCACUAAUGCGGGUCACUGAUGGCAAAUUACGAUUUUUUUUGUGUGUGUUCACACAAAUUUGGAAUUUAUCAAAUUCAUUUAAUGUUGCUUAAAUAAGAACAUGCGACUGAAAGUCUAGCAGAGCUACAUUUUAGAUUAAAAAUAAAUUAAAAUUCAAAAUCCAACCACAAAUCUAAUCAUCAACUUGUAUUGUUUUGUUCUCUGAGGAAUAAAUAUAAAGUGGUUUUCUACCAGUGCCACACAAAAAAAGGUACAGGUACUUAAUGUUUGGUUGCACAUAAGUAAAAUGUGGUACAUUUAUGUAUUUUUUCCUCAAAAUAAUCAAAUGAUAUGAUAGUUUGACAAAAGAUAAUCUGGUGCAAACAAUGUACUUGUUCGAAUCAAGAAAAUCUCUAUUUUUUUGUCUGAAAUCAACAGAAGAAAACAUCAGUUAAUGAAUGAAUCCAUUGCUACGUAUGCCCAGCCCGAUGGUGAAUGUCUAAUAUUGACGUUAACAUUCUUUAGUGACACAAAGGGAUGUAACAUGUUUUUUUAAAAAAAACAGUGAACAGCGUUUUAUUACAGCGAUCAUCAGGAGACAGGGUUGUAUCAACUCAACACAUUUGCAAGAAAUAAAAUGUCAAAAGUUGUUAUACAACGACAUACAAGACAAACUACCACUGACAAUUUUAAAUACGUUCACAAUAAGUUUCAUUUACUAUGGAGAAAAAAAAGGUCUUCUUAGGACAGCACCAAUAUAACAGUGGUUCCAGUUUAGCCUUUUCCUGUGAGGUUUUUUUCCCCCAAAAUCUUCAGGAUAAAAUAAACUCCACUGGAUCAUAGGCUAUGCAACAAAUGUAAAUAUGUUGUAAUAUACUUUUUCAGUGUGUAUUUUAAUUGUAACACACAUCACGCUCACAUAUAGCAACAUAUCUCAGUAAUAGUAGUGAUGACUGUGUUUUUAGUGCACUACAUCUUAACUGAGUUUAGCAAUACAAGAGUUACAACAAAAUGAUUAGAGGUUUUCUGUGUCGUCCAAGAAAUUGUACAUGGUCAUGAGAUCUCAUGACAUUGCUGUUACAUUAAAAAAAAAAAAAGAA